AAUUGUUUCAAUCUUGGUUCCAAUCCCUCUAUCUUUGCUACGGCGGCACCAGCGGCGGUGGCAGCCGCUUGCUUGAUAGCAGCAGAAUCCAACGGACGGACCAACCGCCGUUGGCUGUCAGCGCCACUACAGCUAACACGUAGUCGAUAUGUGUAUUGGAACGACCGUCGUCUUCAUUAAGAGAUAAAGUCGUGGAUGCACUGAACGGACUCGAAGCACACUUUCGACGUGACUGACUGACUCCCAAACACUCACAUCGGGCGCAGACUGCUGCCCCUCUUCGAGCUGUAGGUCAUCCGCAGAGACUGCAAUAGGAGUCUGCGAUCCGGUCUGUGAUAAGACAUGGCCGAUCUCGAGAGCUUGCCUCCUCCUGCGGAGGAGGUUCUUCCCGUCAGACCCAAAUCGGUCGCCGCUGAGGGAGGAAGUCCCGAUGCUGCGGGAGGAGACACGGAAGGCGCGAGGGACGUGCAGAGAAGAUCGCAGCCGAAACGAAGGCCGCGACCGCGAGAGGACGGUCAGGAAAGAGAACAACCGCAAAGUAAUGGAGACCGAUCUCGACGAGCUGCGAAUCCGCGUGGCCAGGUUCGGCGUGAGCGAAAUCCGGAGCGCGCUAAUAGGAAGCUACCGGAUGAUAUCGCUGCGACUAGAGAGCUCCGCCACAGGCUUGUUGAGGAACUUGGAAGGGAAGGGUUGAAUCCUUUCAACAACUACCUUAAAAAUCAGGUGGAACUGGCUAAAUUCAAGGUCACGAGCGAAUUCCUGAUCCGUUGCCGAGCAUUGUCAAUUCUCCCGGUCCAGUACAGAUUGUCGAAUUCUCAAGUUCAGAACACACUCUACAUGCGACGUCUCUUGGAAGGUUUCUCGUACCAAUUGAUGAAAGCAGAGCUCCGGUACAGUCAGAAACGCUGCUCUCAGAUAGAGAGGCUCCUUAGUGGGAGGUACGACUCGCUGAAAGAGAUCUACGAUGAGAGCUUAUUGAAAGAGAUAGUUUCUCUCGUUGAUUCGGUCCACAAACGGCGUUAUGAAGAAUUCUUGAAGAUCAAGAAUGACGAUUAUCAGUCGCUGAUCGAAGAGUACAAUAUAACUCCCGAAGAAGUUGCCGAAGCCGAAGCCUCUCUGAAACGUUACGAGGAGAGUCGUAGGAAGCGUAGGGCAGAAGCUGAGCAACGAUCCAAAGAACCGUCGGACUCCCAGGAUGCAGAGGGUCCGUCAGAUGGACGGAGAGUCUUCCGUCGUGGCCCGAGGAGACAAAACUAUCGGCGUCCACGACCCGUGCCAAAAGACGAUUGAGAGACCUUGAUACUCAAUAAAUCUCGAUUUCGUGCCAUAAU